AUGGUUUCCUUUCUUGUUCUAGGGUUUUCUACAAUCGUCGCGGGUGCAGCUAUCCAGCAACGUGAUCCUGUACCAGCUGGAUAUGUCGCGGCACCAUACUACCCAGCUCCCCACGGAGGAUGGACAUCCGACUGGACUGAGAGCUACCGAAAGGCAGCCUUACUUGUCUCGAACAUGACACUUGCUGAGAAAACCAACCUCACAGCUGGUAGUGGCAUUUUCAUGGGAAGAUGUGUCGGAAAUACAGGCAGCGCAUUGAGAGUGGGCAUCCCUCAGCUUUGCUUGCAAGAUGGACCUCUGGGUGUAAGGAACUCGGACCACAACACUGCAUUCCCUGCCGGUAUCACCGUUGGAGCCACUUGGGAUAAGGACCUUCUCUACCGCCGUGGUGUCGCAAUCGGUGAAGAGUUCCGCGGCAAGGGAGUGAAUGUGCACCUCGGACCGUCAGUCGGACCUCUAGGUCGUAAACCGCGUGGCGGCAGGAACUGGGAAGGCUUUGGUUCAGAUCCCGUUCUCCAGGCCUUCGGUGGAGCUCUUUCUAUCGAGGGCAUCCAGAGCACUGGUGUCAUAGCUACGAUCAAACAUCUGAUCGCGAACGAGCAGGAGGAGUACCGCAUGUACAAUCUGGUCAAGCCUGGCAUUUCAUCAAACUUGGACGAUCGUACGCUUCAUGAACUCUAUCUUUGGCCGUUUGCUGAAGGUGUACGUUCCGGCGUAGGUUCCGUCAUGAUUGCUUACAAUGCUGUUAACGGAAGUGCAUGCUCGCAGAACAGCUACUUGAUUAAUGGUAUCUUGAAGGAUGAGCUCGGCUUCCAAGGCUUUGUCAUGUCCGACUGGUUGGCCCAAAUCUCCGGCGUCCCUUCAGCUCUCGCUGGGCUGGACAUGUCCAUGCCUGGCGACAUCCACACGAUUCCACUUUUCGGAAACUCUUACUGGAUGUACGAGCAGACGCGCUCAGUUCUUAACGGCUCUCUCCCCUUGGAUCGUUUGAAUGAUGCUGUCACACGCAUUCUCGCUGCCUACUUCCAGAUGGGCCAGGAUCAGGACUACCCACGACCAAACUUCGAUACCAACACGCAGAAUGCUGAGGGCCCCCUUUACCCUGGCGCUCUGCUCUCGCCUCAAGGUGUCGUGAAUGAGUUUGUGGAUGUUCAGGCCAACCAUGCAGAGGUCGCUCGUGAAGUGGCUCGUGAUGCUAUCACGCUCUUGAAGAACCAGGAUGGCUUAUUGCCACUAUCUCCCAAUGGCACCUUGAAGAUUUUUGGUACGGACGCUGAGAAGAACCCCGAUGGUAUCAACUCGUGCGCGGACCAAGGCUGCAACAAAGGUACAUUGGGAAUGGGAUGGGGUUCCGGCUCUGCGAGGUACCCGUAUAUGAAUAGCCCAAUCGAUGGGUUCAAGACUCGUGGGGUCAACUAUCAAUUCUUCAACACAGACUCGUUCCCAGGAAAUUCCAACCCAUCACCGAAUGACACUGCAGUUGUCUUCGUCACCGCCGACUCUGGUGAGAACUACAUUACCGUCGAGAACAACCCGGGAGAUCGGACUUCUUCUAACCUCAACCUGUGGCACAAUGGCGACAAGCUCAUCAAGGACGUAGCUGCCAAGUACUCUAACGUUGUGGUCGUAGUCCAUACCGUCGGCCCCAUUCUCAUGGAUCAAUGGCACGACUUGCCUUCGGUCAAAGCAGUUCUGUUCGCUCACCUCCCGGGCCAAGAAGCUGGAGACUCAUUAAUGCAAGUUCUCUUCGGCGACGUCUCUCCAUCCGGUCAUUUACCGUACACUCUGCCCAACUCUGAGGCUGAUUACCCGAAGUCUUUGAGCCUCGUCGGAUAUCAGAUCGGACAGCCACAAGAUACUUUUACGGAGGGCUUGUACAUUGACUACCGUCACUUUCACAAAGCCAACAUAACACCUCGCUACGCCUUCGGUCACGGCCUCAGCUACACCACUUUCUCUUUCUCUAACGCGACCAUCACUCCAAUAACUCCGCUUACAGCGACGCCCCCAGCUCGUCCCGCGAAAGGCGAAACGCCCACCUACUCGACUGCCAUUCCUCCUGCUUCGGAGGCAUACUGGCCAGCAAACUUCAACCGCAUCUGGCGGUACCUCUAUUCCUGGCUCGAGAAGAACGAUGCGGACGCUGCGGCGAAGAUCGGCAACUCAACAACAAAGUACCCAUACCCCGUUGGCUACUCGAACGAUCAAAAACCCGGUCUUCCAGCUGGUGGCGCACAAGGCGGAAACCCCGCAUUGUUCGACACAGCAUUUGACGUCACGGUCAGCGUCACCAACACAGGUAGUCGCGCGGGCAAAGCCGUCGCACAACUGUACAUUCAGUUCCCCAGCGAAGUCACAGUCGAUACGCCAGUUAUCCAGCUCCGCGAUUUUGAAAAGACGAGGGAGUUGGAGGCUGGAGCUAGUCAGACGCUCACUCUGAGAGUCACAAGAAAGGAUCUUAGUGUUUGGGAUAUUGUAUCGCAGAAUUGGGUUGUUCCUGCUGUGGAAGGGGAUUAUGGGGUUUGGGUUGGUGGCGCGUCGGAUGAUUUGCAUGUGAGGUGUGGAACGGCGAGUGGAAGUUGUGAGGGGGACCAGGAGAGUCCUGUCUAA